AAUCGAAGAAAAUGUGAGUUGAAUACUUAUUAGUCCCAAAAAUGAUAAUGGCACUUACAUUUUCAAUUUAUUCUGUAACCGUUUUCGGUGGCUGGCGGAGUAUCCACACAUCUGUCUGAUACCUACCUCUCGACAAGUAGGAGGCGAAGAAAACAGCACUUUGCCCUCUUCAGGCUCCAGUGAUUUUUUUUUUUUCCCCUCUCGACGCGAUCAUUGAGCCUGCAGUUUUCCAGCGGAGACUCUGAGUGCCGCUGUUGGCCAGUACGGAGCCGCGCUGGGGCCGGGGAUCUAUCAGAGCCUCAGUGCUGCGAUCGCUCAGUCGCACCGCGCAGAUCUCGGAGGAUACGGAGCAGAGACGCCGUGUAUCUCUCGGAUUGCAGGUAUAAAACCCAGCGGCGGCUGGGCUCUAUUUGCAAGUCAAACAGGGAUUCUUGCAGCCUGAGGAAAUGUGGAAGUGCGAUUCGAUUCAGAGCAGACAGGGCAGCGAAACUCCAAGAUGGAGAGGGACUGAGCUGGCAAGCGGGCUCAGACAGAGCGGCCGGGCGUCCAAGCGGCAGGUACUGCUCUGUCCCUUCUUGCUGUCUCUGCUCUGCGGGACGGUCUCGGCGCAGAUUCGCUAUUCGAUCGCCGAGGAAAUGCCCAAAGGGUCCCUCGUGGGCAAUCUCGCUAAGGAUCUGGGGCUGAGUGUAAAAGAACUGCCCGAUCGCAGGCUCCGGCUUGUCUCUGCUGCCAGAAGACAAUACUUCACCGUGAAAGGCGAAAACGGGAACCUGUAUGUGAGUGACCGGAUAGACCGAGAGGACAUUUGCGGGGAAGCAGCCCUUUGCUUCCUGAACUUGGAAGUCGUGGUUGAAAAUCCUUUGAACAUAUUGCAUGUGAAUGUUGAAAUCCAAGACGUUAAUGACAAUUCACCGUGUUUUAAUAAAAAUAGCAUCGAUUUAGAAAUAAUUGAAUCCACAUUGCCGGGUGCUCGAUUUCCACUAGAACCAGCGCGAGAUUCAGAUGUGGGAAGCAACUCACUGCAGACUUACCAUCUGACUAAAAACCCAUACUUUCUGCUGUCGAUGAUGGAAAGUCCGAAUAGUAAAAAACAAACCGAACUAUUAUUGGAGAAACCUUUGGACAGGGAAAACCGCACUUCCCUUCUCUUGAUCCUGACUGCGAUGGAUGGGGGAGACCCAGUUAGAACUGGGACUGCGCAGAUUAGGAUUAAUGUCACUGACGCCAAUGACAAUCCCCCGGUAUUCGCUGAAGAGGUCUACCAGGUCAAACUGAAAGAAAAUCUGCCAAAAGGCUCCUUAGUGCUGCAGGUGCAAGCAACAGAUAAGGAUGAAAGUUCAAAUGCAGAAAUCAUCUACUCCUUCAACAAUAUUUUGGACACUGAAAGACAAAUAUUUAAUCUGGAUACUAAAACGGGAAAAAUUACUACUCAAGGCAUUAUCGAUUUUGAAGAAAAAGGCACUUAUACAAUAGGUAUUGAAGCUCGGGAUGGCGGCGGUCUCUCUGCCCACUGCAAGAUCGACAUUGAAAUUCUGGACGACAACGAUAAUGCCCCAGAAGUCACAUUCACAUCUAUAUCCACCCCUAUUCCCGAGGAUUCAAAGCUGGGGACUGUGAUCGCGUUGAUUAAAGUUCGUGAUCCAGACGCCACGGCUAACGGAGAAUACACCUGCCGCAUUCCGGACAACCUGCCCUUCAAGCUGGUGUCGUCCUCCAAGAACUACUACAAGCUGGUGACGGCCGGCGCCCUGGACAGAGAGCGCAGCCCCGACUACAACGUCACGGUCACGGCCACGGACAAGGGCGCUCCGCCGCUCGCCACGACCCAGACCGUCCGGCUGCAGGUCUCGGACGUCAACGACAACGCGCCGCUCUUCGAGGAAGCGUCGUACAGCGCCUACGUGGCGGAGAACAACCCGGCGGGGGCCUCGCUUCUCCGCGUGCGAGCCUCGGACCCCGACCUGGGCCGCAACGGCCGAGUCACCUACUCGCUGGUCAGCUCCGGCGGCGGCAGCGGCGGCGGCGGCGGGGACAGGAGCGCGGCGGGGGCGCCGGCCUGGGCCCACGUGUCGGUGCAGGCGCAGAGCGGGGCCGUGGUGGCGCAGCGCUCCUUCGACUACGAGCAGCUGCGCGAGCUGCGGGUGGAAGUGGAGGCGCGAGACGGCGGGUCGCCGGCGCUGAGCAGCAGGGUGACGGUGCGCCUGUUCAUCCUGGACCGGAACGACAACGCGCCCGAGAUCCUGUACCCCGCGCCGGGCGCCGUCGAGGUGGUGUCCCGCUCGGCCGCGGCGGGCUGCCUGGUGACCAAGGUGGUGGCGGUGGACGCGGACUCGGGCCACAACGCCUGGCUGUCGUACGAGCUGGUGGCGGCGGCCGAGCCGGCGCUCUUCACGGUGGGGCUGCGCAGCGGCGAGGUGCGGACGGCGCGCGCCCUGGCCGACGGCGACGGCGCCCGGCACCGCCUGCUCGCCGUGGUGAAGGACAACGGGCAGCCGCCGCUGUCGGCCACGGCCACGCUGCAGGUGGUGGUGGCCGAGAGCGCGCGCGAGGCGCUUCCCGAGCUGGCCGAGGCCGAGGCCGAGGCGGCCGGGGCCUCGGACUCGGCGGCCGCCCUGCAGUUCUACUUGGUGCUGGCGCUGGCUCUCGUCUCCUUCCUGCUCCUCCUGGCCGUCGCCCUGGCCGUCCUGGACAGACUGCGGGGGUCAAGGCCUCCCCGCCUGCUCCCGUGCUUGGGCCCGGCCCCUGCUUUCGAGCGCGGCCCCUGGUUCCCGCCGACCUACGAAGACGGCACUUUGCCCUACUCCUACCAGCUGUGUUUGUCCUCUGAGUCGAAGGGAGGAGAAUGUUCUGUCCUGCAGCCGCGUGCCCCUGUAGCAGAGGACAUUCUGUGCAGGGACAGAUCUGGGACGUUACUUAUGAGCAAUGGAUGUAGUGACUUGAAAUCUGAACUAGAGAUCGCCGAUGCGGUGAGUUCUGUUUUCAUUGCUUAUAUCAGAUUAUCCUUUUUGAAAGACUAUACACGCCUGGCUUCCUUAUUAUGCGGUACUGGAGCCAUUAGGAUACUGUCUUUUUGUAGGUGUUAUUCUGGCUAUCUAUGCAGGCACCACCUAAUGAAAUCGCUCCAAUUUAUUCUGAUCACGUUAUCGGGUCAGAAUCGAGUGGGUAGACUUUCAAGUCACAUGAGAAGUGGUAAAGUACCGAACUCAAGGCACAGAUUCGUAAAACAAAAAUCUAGGUAUCUUCAGGUUCCUUCGUUCCCUUGCAACUAAACUUUCCUUCAUCUGAAAGAAUAUCUUUUCUGGAAUUUAAAAAAUAGAUUUAUUCAUAACAGCACUUGUUCUAGAUUCUAGAAUAGUUUGCUAUCCCAGUGAGUUGCACUCCUAAAA